ACAAAACCAAAUCACAAAAUGGCCAAGGCUAUUUCUAGAACGUGCGAUAAAUGUGUCGGAGUACCUGGCGAUAAUUACUGUGAGCUAUGCCAACAGUGGUUUUGUGAUGAAUGUAAAACAUCCCAUUUACAAACAAUAUCGACCAGGAAUCACACAUUUAUUAGAGGUUCAAACACCAAACAGGAAGUUGAUACAAGGGAAUCAACAAUUAGAAAAGAUGCGGACACGCGACUACAAAGAAAUGAAAGAGACACAUUGACAGCUACCAAAUACAAAUAUAGAUGCUGUGAUUGCAAUACAGAGAUUAUUUCUGAAAAAGCAACAGAGUAA